AUGUUCGGAGGACCACCACCAGCACCAAGCAAAGCCGAGCUACAGGCUCAAGAAGCCGAAGCAAGCGCAGGUCUUCAGCGCGCCGCUGCUACAUGCAUCCUCCUUUACCUAUCUCCUCAUAUCAUCAGCUACAUCAAGAACCUAGUGUAG